AUGGCCAAAGUCCUUUUACGAAAUGUCCCCACUACUGCAGACAACUACGACAUCACUCUCGCUCUGGCUAGCGUCCUUCACUCAGACGACUUUCGAACUUUUGCCAGGCUCACUGAUGACGAGGAAGUUGGGCACGAUGAGGAAACACGCAUACCAGGGAGCUUAAAUCGCAAGCUGCUUAACUUUAGCGUCAAGCUGGAUGAAUCCACAAUCGGAAUCACGCGAAAUAAGGGGACGGGCAAGUCGUCCCACGGCAUGUUGUCGCUCCCAAGCGAGCAUGUCAGGGAGAAACUGCUGCGAUGGUUGACGGACUUCGACCACUCGAUACGACUUGGGAAACAUAAGCUCAAACUGCUCCGGGGCCAUGGGUCUUUAGGCAACGAGAUGACAAUAUUGUCCAAGACGCCGUAUGUCGAUCCCAACAUCGAAAGAGAACACCAGCGUAAGCUCGACGAACUCGAAGAGCAAAUAAGAGUGGACGUGGUUCAGUUUGGCUGUUACUACCGACAAUAUCCCUCUCGCCCUUUAAAAGAUGGCGAGCCGAUACCCCCCAGAGAGUACUCGAUCGAAUGGCAAAGGGAAUAUUUCAAUACUACCCCAUCCAAACGGCGACCAGGUGACUCCCCUGGUCCACCCAGUGGUGUGGCGUGGCUCAAGUUUGAAUAUGACCACAAACGAAUCCUGGGCGAUGAAACGACAGAAUACCAGGGUGCCCUAGUAAUUGUCACAUUUGCCAGGCAUCAUCUCCAAGCUUGCAGUCGGAUUCGACCCAAAACCUUGUUCGCAUACUCCCUACAAUCUUUCUCGGACCUUAUCUUACCAAUCGCCUCAGAUAUAUGUUUCGACACACUAACACCACCUAUUCUUGAAGGCAUUCAGUUUCAUCGGACAUUGACGGGCAACCACUCAUUCGAUAGUCGUCGAUCAAAAGUGCGAAUCGGUAGUCUUGAGCCUGGCCACCUCCGUGUCGCUCCUUAUGCCCACCAAAUCCGUCUCCUCCUCUACAACGACUACAAUCGGGACAUGAUCCAAGUCUUCACCAAUCUUUGCUUUGCAGCUGGGUUCACCCGGAAUAUGGUCUUUCGAAUGCCGCCACACGCACCCCUCGAGGCUCUGCAGCGCAACUUCUUCACUUCUAAACGACUCUACAAGCUAGAAUCAGAGUUUCGAAGGAGGGAUUGGCCCAUCGUCUUCCAACUUGAAGCUCUCUUGCGCAAUGGGUUACUUCAAUCUGAUGAUAUCGAGAACCUCUUACCGAAGAUUGACGCGCUCUCUGCGCCCAAGGGAAGCAUGUCGAGCGCCGCGGUCGGAUAUUUCCUCCAAGAAUUCAUCAAACACCUUGGGAUCAAAUCUCUUCGUGAAAGCCCCUCACUCUGCUUCGCCCGAGUCUUAACAGCGCUUCCGGCUUACAAUCCCCUUGCUUUACAGUCGGGAGCCUUUAAUUGCUGCCAUGUGACUGUUACACCAACAAGAAUGAUUUUCACGGGUCCCUUCCCUGUACAGUCCAAUCGUAUUAUUCGUCAGUUCCAAGGUUAUGAGAAUCAUUUUAUCCGUGUCGAUUUCCGUGACGAGGACAAGCUACAAUAUCGCUGGGCACGUGACGUUGAUGGCUCUCAUUUCGUCCGCGAACGUGUGGGUAAUAUUCUCAAACACGGACUCUGCAUUGGCGGGCGAAUGUUUGAGUUCCUGGCAUACUCGACCUCGGCCCUUCGAGGGCAUGCUGUUUGGUUCAUGAGCCCAUUCAAGGGUGCGACAGGCACAGAUGUUACGUCUCAAUCCAUCCGUGACAGCAUCGGGAACUUUGCAGGCACCCCUCUCCUCAAGGCACCCUCGAAAUUCGCUGCUCGUCUUGCACAAGCAUUUACGGCCACAGAUCCAUCAGUAAAAAUCGGGCCACAUGAGUGGGAAGAGAUGCCUGAUAUCGUCAAUCCUGGGUGGGAAAAUGCAAAUAACCCGCCAGGGAGGCAUGUUCAUACCGAUGGUGUUGGUACCAUUUCCUUGAAACUUGCGGAGAGGAUUUGGAUUGCUCUUUGUACCGCUCGAAACUGGUCUCUCGCCGAUCGUUUAACCCCAUCUGCAUUCCAGAUUCGCUUUCUUGGAUACAAGGGAGUAGUGCGAGUUGACCCACAAUUGGAUAAGCGCACCGAUGGAAUUCAAAUGCGUCUUCGUCCGUCGAUGCGGAAAUUUGAGUCCGACAAGGAGCAAAAGGAGAAUGCAGAAAUCGAAAUUGCCAUGGCGUUCGAAAAACCGAGUACAGCAUAUCUGAACCGGCCUCUUGUUAUGGCACUUGAAGACAGAAACGUCCGACAAGAAGCUUUCAUCAAGCUUCAAAAUCUCGCCGUUGCCGAUGCGCGUACAAUUGAUGAUGGCAUCGCUCAAUUCCGCAAGAUCCUCCGUGACCAUUCUCUCGGGGGACCAUAUCGUCUAGUUUUCAUCUUGGAUCGACUAGAGAAACUUGGGCUGGACCUUAAAAGCAAAACAGCCAAUGCCAGGCAUCGACAAUCAGUGGUUAGAAGAACUGCGUCAGAAUCGUAUCUGCUUGUCGGGGUUGCGGACGAAGGACCUGCCUACAAGCGAGAGGGUCUCGAAAAUGUCUACGUACUACCGCCGGGCAAAAUUUAUGCAUGCAUUCAGCGACCGGAGGACGAAAAACCCACUUGGCUCACAGGCAGUUGCACUAUUUCUCGUUCCCCGAUUGCGCAUUUGGGUGACAUCCAACGAGUUACGGCUAUCGGAGAGCCGCCUGCUGGUAUGCUCUGCUCAUUUGAAGGGCUGAAAAAUGUCGUGGUCCUUCCAUCGACAGACGAAGGAAGCAAAGCGCCGCGUUCCCUCGCAAGCUGUCUUGGUGGAGGCGAUCUCGAUGUAGGGGUAAUUGCACGAGUACGCUUCACAAAAAAUGUUCUGACGUUGUCCAGUGAUCUCUACAGUGUGAUUCCCUACAGCCCUCUCUUGCCAUCGGGGCAGGUAGCUCCAGCAUCUUAUCCUGACGGCGAAACCUUCAAACUUGAACGGGACAGUACCGUGGACGACAUUUGUGAUUUCAUCAUCGAGUAUAUCAAUUCGGACGUGUUGGGUUUACUAUCAGAUCGACUCUUGAUCAUAGCCGAUCAGUCUAAGGAGGGCAUGCAUGAUUCUGAUUGCGUCAAGUUGGCCGCACUUUGUUCGCAGGCGGUGGAUUAUCCUAAACAGGGCAUCCCUGUCGACCUUGAUGCCAAUCCGUUGCCAAAGCUGCUCAUUCGAUGCAAACCAGACUGGCAUGCCGCUGAGGUCGUUAAGCCGCGCGAGGAGGAUUACUACACAUCUGACAAAGCCCUGGGCUCCUUAUAUCGCGCCAUAAAGCUCAAUUCCAUCGAGACUGAGCUGCCCUCUCCUGCAGCGCAAAAUGGACAGGCCAAACACAAUAUCAUCUCGGAUCCGAUUCAUUUUGCUCUUCUCCACGAAAUUGAACGUGUCUUGAACUGGACACCACCAGUUGCACAACCAUCGAGUACAGAUAUGAAAAACACUUUCACGAAAUACGUCGCCGACUUGCGCUAUAUCAGCCUCACACACACACUCACGACAGAGGCGGGACAAGCGCUGCUCGAGUCAGAGAUUGUCAUUGGCACCAUUCUCGCCAAGUCCGUCCAGAAACGUUGGAGGGCGGACUGCAUCUAUCGUUGCCGAUACCACGCGAGUGCGGUUGUGCGGGAUGUCCAGCAGAAGUUGUGGCACAAGCAGCAGGAACCGGCGAGUCAGACUAAUCUGAGGGGACUGGAGAGGGCUUGGAGUGCAUUCGAGUUUAGUAUCAGGGAACAGCAUCAAUUUGGUGCAAAGAGCUUCGGUCUAAUUGCAUUAGGGACGAUAUUCGAGUGGUUGGAUAGCAUAGUAAAGUAG